AUGAGGGACAUAUUCUCUAUGUACUUUGAUCGCGACGAAAAGUAUAUCCACUUUGCUGAUCAGAAUUCACAACCUGUACCUAAUAGGAAUACAAAUGUCAUAAGAAUAAGGCCAUUGAAAGGUUAUGUUAUAAAGACAUAUGAGAAAAAUGGAGAUAAGAUAUAUAUCAAUAUCUGCUUCUCGAGGUUCAUUCCAGAUUUCCAUGUAAAGACAUUUCCACAUUUACAAAAUGAAGAAGGAUUAAGGAUACCUAUAAGUAUAGGUGAAGAAAAGAAAAAACAAGACAGAACAGAAAAAACGUACGGAACCUAUGAUGUAGUCCUAAAUAGUAGAGUUGUUUCUGAAUGCCUAAGAAAUGAGAAAAUAAAAACAGUAGUUUCUGAAUUAGUUCUAGAGGCUGUCAAAAAUAAGUACAAGUUAGAUAUAUGUACUAGUUUGUUUCUUUUCUCCAAUCACAAAUAUAAAGGCAAUAAUCCAGACGUUCAUUACAUAAAAUGUGAUCAACAACACAACAUUAGAGAAGUUGUUCGGGACUAUAAUGCGAUUUUUCCUGGUAAGGAUUCAUAUGCUUAUAAGCUCAUGAAACAUUAUAUGGAAAAAUAUAAGAAUAUAAUUGAAAAAAAUCCUAUUAACAGAUAUGGAUAUCUUAAAGAACAUCAUGAAGCAGAAGCUUUAGCAAAGAAGUUGAUCGUCACGAAACCUCAAUGGGAUAUGUGGUUUAUUCCUACAAAAAUAUUAGAAGAUAUGAAGAAAGGUGUGAAAAGAUUUUUCAUACCUUAUAUACGUAUAUUCCCAUUGAAAGGUGUUAUAAACGGUUUGGAUUUUAAAUGUCCAAAUAAUAAAGAUGAUAAAGAAAAGGAAUUGGUAGACCCACACAAAAAAAGAAAGAUAUUAAAAUCUUUCUUUGAAGAAUAUAAUGUUGAAUUAGAUGAUGAAUUCUUAAAGUAUCAGGAUAUUAUUAAAACAGUGUGUGUUUUCCAGAUACCUCUUUAUUUUUUUUCUUUUCUUAAGAAAAAAAUUGCAUUUGAUAUUGACAUAUAUAAUAAUUUACUUUCUGAAAUAAUAGAGCUUUGGAUUUCUGACGAAUGUUUAUAUAUACAAUUUAAGAAUUCUCCUUACUUCCAAGAUGAAAAGAACCCACCCUACAAAAGUUUUUCUAUACGUUUUCCAUAUUACUAUGAUACCUCUAAGGCUAUUGCUCAAUUUUUAUAUGAGUUUAAUCUCUUAAACAUUAUAGUACCAGUAAGCAAGUUGAGCAGUGAAUCGGAUGUAUUUAAUGAUAACCAAGAAGAUAGUGAUUUCAGCGAUAAAACAUUCAUUCAACCUGAUGAAUCAAGUAUUAUAUCUAUAUUGUAA